AUGGCGGGUGUCGCUGCAGAGGACGUGGACAUGGUGGUGCUGGCGACGUCGACGCCCGACGACGCUUUUGGCAGCGCAUGCCAGGUCCAGGCAGCCAUCGGCGCCAAGAACGCGGUGGCCUUCGACCUGACCGCCGCCUGCAGCGGCUUCGUGCUGGCCCUUGUCACUGCGGCGCAGUUUGUCAACACCGGCGUCCGCAGGAACGUCCUGGUGGUCGGCGGGGACGCCAUGAGCCGCAUCGUGGACUGGCGGGACAGGGGCACGUGCAUCCUGUUUGGCGACGGCUGCGGCGCAGUGCUGCUGACUGCCGCGCCAGACGGGCAGCCGUGCGCGCUGCUGGGCGUCGACAUGCACAGCGACGGCGGCGGGCAGAAGAGCCUCAACGCGGUGUACAGCGGCGGCAGCGGCAAGCCCAUGCAGGAAGGCGACGGCGGCAGCGCGCACGCCAGCUACGGCAACGUGGCGAUGGCUGGCUCCGACGUGUUCAAGUUUGCAGUGCGCUCGGUCCCCGCGGUGCUGGAGGCCGCCCUCCAAAAAGCGGGGCUGCAGCCGUCAGAAGUUGACUGGCUGGUGAUGCACCAGGCCAACCAGCGCAUCAUGGACGCCGCGGCGCAGCGGCUCGGCAUGGCGCCCGAGCGGGUCGUGUCCAACCUCGCGGACUACGGCAACACCAGCGCCGCCAGCAUACCGCUGGCGCUGGACGAGGCCGUCCGCGCGGGGCGCAUCAAGGACGGCGACGUGCUGGCACUGGCGGGCUUUGGGGCCGGCCUCACGUGGGCCGGGGCCAUCGUGCGCUGGGGCGGCGGCGGCGGCGGCGGCGGCGGCGGCAGCGAGUGA